UCCAUAAUGAAUUUUUGAGAAAUGUCAAAUGUAUAGAUAAAAUAAAAUUUGUUUAUUGUAAAUAAAUUAUUUUAAAAGAAUAAUGUUUAAUAGAUAAUCAAGAAUUUAAACAAUUAAGACGAAUGAAAUUUGAUGAUAAUGUUAAAUUUUUGUUAUUUUUGUGAAUUAAUUGUACAAUUUUGGUUAUGUUUUUAAAAAAUAUAUUUCAUGAAAAAUAUUAUUUUUUUAAAUAUACAUCUAUUUUGUUGAUCAAUUCAAAUUAAUAAAUAAUAAUUUUUUUUUUUUUUAUUGUUAUAAUGUUUGGAACACUUCGUGAAAAGUUUCAUUCUAUGCAAGAAGGAUUGUCCGCCAGUAUUAGAGGUUUAACAGUUUCUGAGCCGAAAAAAAUAGAGAAUAUAAGAAAUGUGAAUUAUAAUGCAGGAGCUGAUAUUCUACAUCGUUAUCAAUUACAAUGGAAUGAAUUACAUGAUUUAGCUGAAGAAAAUGCUAAGAAUGCACAAAAUGUUGAUUCUCUCGUUGCAGUGUUUCAUUUAAAAUUAGAACGAGAAUGGAAAAGUAUAUUGUGCCUAAAUAAUACAUUAGCCGUCAUUCCUAAAGUUAAUGAAACCAUUCAAAAUCUUAUGAGUCAAAUAGAAAUAAUUCAAGGCAUGUUUGAAGAUGUUGAACAUGCUCUUCUCGAACUUGAAAAUCUAAAUGAAGAAUUAGAUUUACAAAAUCGACAAGUGGAACACAGGUUUCAAUUAACUUUAUACAAGGAAAAUAAGGUCGCUACUUUAAAUUCUCAACGAGCAAAGUUUUCCAGUGAUCAUUCGGAGAAAAUAGCCAAACACGAACUUAAACAACAGAAAAUGAUGGAAGAAAGACAAAAAACCUUUGCGGAAGCUUUCGAUGAAGAAUUAAAUCAGUACAAAGCAACUGGUUCCAUUCCAAAAAUUAACCGAGUAACAGAGGGCCCAUCGCUCGAUGAAAUUGUUUUGGAAACUGACACAACAGAUUUCGAUGCAUUUUUAAAAAGUUAAUUAUUACCAUUCACCAAUAUAAUUUUAUAUAUAUAUAUAUAUUUGAGUUCAUAUACUCUUUGUGAUAGGGAAAAGUAAAUUUUCCUGAAUUAGUCAAAUCGGAUAAAUGGACAAACAAGGCGAGUAAAUUUUUUCGAGAAAAAGAAUUAUAUAGUUUAUUUUCAAUAAUUCUCUAUACAAUAAUUAUAUAAAAAAAAGAAGAUGAACUAUACAUAUUUGUACAUGAGAUAUAUUUACUUAGUAAUAAAUAUACAGUU